AUGGAGUGCGGCAACUACCGGGGCAUCUCUCUCGUCGCACACGCCGGCAAGGUACUGCUUAAGGUUGUCGCCACACGACUGAGCCACUACUGCGAGCGAGGGGGCAUCCUCCCGGAGGAGCAGAGCGGUUUCCGCCCACACCGAUCGACGCUCGACAUGCUGUUCGCCAUCCAGCGGCUCCAUGAGCUCGUGAGGAAGAAGAGUACUGCGGUGUUCGCGUGCUUCGCCGACCUCACCAAGGCAUACGAUUCGGUGGACCGAGACCUACUGUGGGACGUGCUCCGACGCUUCGGCGUGCCCCCGAAAAAAUACUUGGAAUGGUUCGACGUAGGCCAAGGCCUCCGGCAGGGAUGCAACCUGGCCCCGCUGCUGUUCAACUUGUUCUUUGCCGCGAUGCUCAUGGUCGCCAUGGCCGAGUUCGACAAGGACCCCAAGGUGACGGCGGACAUGAUGAAGAUCGGGACACAAGUGGAGUACACGGGCAAGAAGGGCAGGUCGGCGGGGAA